UGUUUAAAGUUUAUUAGCGGGAAAAACAAGAUGGCGGAAAUCGCCUGCGCAUCUUGCUUCGAGGAGCAGAGGAACACGCCCUACAAACUCCCUUACACCAUCAAAAGUUAUUCGAGCUGUACAGCAAAUUAUUCUCCAGAGAAUAUACUCCAAGAUAACUCUAAGGAUCAGUCUUCAAGAUGGUCAUCAGAUAAUAACUGUACACCCCAGUACAUCAUUCUCAAGCUGGAGUCUUGUUGCUUGAUGGAUAGUAUCACUUUUGGAAAGUAUGAGAAGCCACAUGUGUGCAAUGUGAAAAAGUUUAUCAUCUAUGGAGGACUGACAGUAGACCACAUGGUUGAACUCACAUCGGGUGGCCUCAAGAAUGAUAAUGUGAAGGAGAGUUUUUCACUCAAGUAUGUUGUGAAUGGAAAUCCAGUGCCUUGUCGUUAUAUCAAGAUUGUGCCUCUGCAAUCAUGGGGACCUUGCUUUAGUUACAGCAUCUGGUACAUAGAAUUAAGAGGAAUAGAUGAUCCAGAUAUUGUACAACCAUGCCUUCUUAUGUAUAAUGAGUAUCGAGAAAGCCAAGCUAUCAGAUUGUGCCUAAAGCACUUCCGUCAGAACAACUACCACGAAGCCUUCCAGAGUUUACAGAAGAGGUCGAAGGUCAACUUAGAGCAUCCAUUGCUGACAGAGUUGCAUAGCAAGCUGGUGAGAGAAGGUGAUUUUGAUAGAUGUGAACAGAUCAUUGAUAUAGCUUCACAAGAUGGUCUCUUCAAUACAUAUAUUGCUAAUCAAGAUUAUAAGCCUCAUUGGAAGCUUCUAUCACCCCUCACUGUUGGUGAAGAUGAGAGUAGACCUGGUAUGAGAGGUGGACAUCAAAUGUGUAUGGAUGUAAAUACAGAGAUGAUCUAUUUAUUUGGUGGAUGGGAUGGUACAACUGAUCUGGCUGAUUUCUGGGUAUUCAAUGUACAGGAAAAUGAAUGGACAUGUCUUUCAAAAGACACAGAAAAAGAGGGUGGUCCUUCAGCUCGGUCAUGUCAUAAAAUGUGUAUUGAUCCAAGCAGACAUCAGAUCUUUAUCUUGGGUAGAUACAUGGAUCAAACCAUGAGGAACACUUCUCCAUUAAAGAGUGAUUUCUACGUGUAUGACAUUGCAUCUGCUAAAUGGACAUUGAUAUGUGAUGAUACAGGAUCUGAGGGUGGUCCAAGACUAAUCUUUGAUCAUCAAAUGAGCAUGGAUUCAGAGAAAUCUACUAUCUUUGUAUUUGGUGGUAGGAUUCUAACAAGUUCUUCCUCAUCAGAAGAUCGUCCAAGUGAAGGUUCUUUCAGUGGUCUUUACUUAUACCACAUACCAACUAAUACAUGGCAGCUAAAAAGACCUGAUCAUAGUGCUAACCACCAUCAUUUACAUGUACAUGGUUUGAAACGCAAUACCAAGGAUAUCAAGUCUAGAACAGGACAUUCUAUGCUCUUCCAACCUGAAUCUAGAAAACUUUUCAUCUUUGCUGGUCAGAGGGCUAAGGACUAUCUCAGUGAUUUCUUCACCUAUAAUAUAGAUACAGAGGAAAUAGAAAUGAUAUCUAAGGAUGGAAACUUAGGACAUCCAAGUGGAGUGCCUGUAGCUGGUUUCACCCAAAGGGCAACCAUAGACCCUGAACUGGAGGAAAUUCAUGUUUUAUCUGGUCUGAGUAAAGACAAAGAUAAAGAAGACACUAUGAAGAAUUCAUUUUGGAUAUAUUACAUCAAACAGGAACGAUGGUCUUGUGUUUAUAAGAAUGAGAACAAUGACCAACAGUACUGGAAACAACAACAACAUGUAGAACCUUGUCCGAGGUAUGCACAUCAACUUGUUUACGAUCAUGUUCACAAGAGGCAUUAUUUGUUUGGUGGUAACCCAGGCAACCAUAACAGACAGCGCCCUCGCUUGGAUGACUUCUGGUCAUUAGAGCUCUGUAGACCCAGCAAAGAAGAGUUAGUACGACGGUGUAAGUACCUGAUCCGACGACAUAACUUCCAGGAGACAGCCAUGGUGAAUCCUAUGAUGGCUCUCUCCUAUCUUCAGAGAGAUCUGGCUGAGAUGGUCAAUCAUUCUGAUCCUGAAGAAACCAAAGAGUUCCAGCUUCUUGCAUCAAGGCUUUUCAGUCCUGGAUUAGAAGUUCCAGAGCACCUUCUAAUGGGUCAAUGCACUGAAGAUGCACCUCCUUUCUAUGCUAGUAGAACACAGCUCUAUGAUACCUUAGUGAGCUUCUUUCCUCUGAACAUGUCACAACCUCGGGACAACCUUAUUGACUGUAUACUCUGAUCUGCUCUUUGCCACAUAUAACCUUUGACCUAAGAUAAUAAUUCAUCAGUCAUUUGACCUUUGAUUCAGUUCUUGAAAUUGACUUCAUCCUGUAGGUGAUUAUACAGUAACUGAAAAAUCGUUCUUACAAAAUGUUGAAAUUUUGGAGGAACAUACUAAACCCAUAUGAUUGGUUGAAGAAUACAAGUUUUGUUAAGAUGAUUAAUACCUGCAAAGUGUGUCCUAGAAUUCAAAGGGUGUAUUCUUCUGAUAUCAAACUUAUAUUUUCAUUUCAAAUGUCAGUUGCAUUUAUUGUCAAGUCUGUUGUUUUUAGACAAUGAGAAAAUGACUCACAUAGACAAGCAAGUUAAUAAGCAUUCGCAUUAUAAGCAUAUUUUCUCAUGAUAAAAGAUAUAAUAGAAUACUAUACAUUUUGGACUUUGCCAGAAUUUUUCUUCUGUGUCAACAUGUAGCUGCAGUAUUGAACAAGACUUUUUUUAUCAUUAGACUGACUUUGGUUUUAAAAUUCACACUAUUUUUGUCCCAGGAGUGAAACAUAGUAAAAUGAUACAUGCCAAGUGUAGUAUAUUUAUUCAUAGGGAAGUUUCAGGGCUUUUACUAAUUAAAGAAAAUCCAAAUUGAUUUCAUUUGCUUGAAAUUAUAUAUCUGUUAUUCGAGGUAUGUGGGAAACACAUUUUAAUUUGAUCAAUAGCGAUGUUCAUUCAUUUUCUAUUUGAAAAAAAUUGUUUUUUUCAUGUUAGUAAAAAUAAUUCUGUAAAAUUGUAAGUACCCUUGCAGCAUUACAACAAAAAUUUGUGUAUGCAUCUGAUUUUGUUAUUUCAAACCUUGCCAAUUUUUAGCUGUUCUGUUCACUAAAGAGCAAUGAGAAUGCAUCAAAAGAGACUUAUUUCAGGAGAGUUGAUGCACAAAUAUUUUGCGGGUGUUCAUUUGUGUAAUAUUGAACUUUUCUUAAAUGGGUUAGUAUUAUUAAAGAAGUAUAAAGUAAACAGCAGAUUUGCUAAUAAUUACAUUUAGAUGCCAGUAAAUAUGAAGACAUAUGAUUUGAUACAAAUGUUUGCACCUUUUGUAUUUAAAGGUGCAAUAUAUGAACUGUGGUUCAAGGGGGAUAUUCUUCUCUUUUGAUGAAAUAAAAAGUUUUGGUUUUGUUUUCAGGCAUGUUUUUGAAACACAAGAGUAUGUCUAAUUUGUAAAAGUUGUUUUAAAGGUCACGUCCAAAAUACGAAAGAAAUAGUGAGUGGAUGCUGUUCAUCAGUCCCCUCAUUUGCAUACUGACUAGGAUGUGCAUAAUUGUGUUGAAAAAUUAAGCAAAAUUUUAAGAUGUUCUUUUUUACAUCCAAUUUUGAUGGAAUUUUCAGUGUUGUGCUUGUUUGAUUUUCUUUUUUUUGUGUGAAUCAAGUUUUACUUGCCCUUUAAACUUCAGUAAACCUAGAAUCAUUCAUGAUCUGAUCAAUCUGUAUUUGCAACUUGUCCAAGAAUUUGUACAUUAAUGAUGUGUUUUUGCCAGAAUUACUCCAGGUGGGUGUUUCAAUACGCUGUUCAGAGUGACUUUAAGAACGACCGGUGAACCUUUCUUAUGGUGAAUAUCAA